AUGGAGGAUUACAUUUCCGUUGUUACCAGAUAUGUUCAUGGAGCAAAUUGCUCAAGGGCCAGUCCAUUUGGAAGUUCUUCUGAUGAAGGUGAGCUUAUGGAUAUGUCCGAUGACUAUAAUGUUGAUGAAGAUGAGCAAGCUGUUGCUCUUCUUAUAGAAAUGAGAAGUUUUUCAGCAGAGGAAAAACGUCUAAUGGCUCAACCCCGUAUUGAGCAUUCUAUGGAACCCGUUCAAGCCAACCCGUCUAUCGAAGAAGAAGAAGUCGUUAAGGAACCCGAUCAAACACUAAAGAAGAACACGUAUGAAGUUCAUAUCGUUAACAAGUCUUACUCCAAAUUUGAAAAGAACUUAUUCAAACGGCAAUCCGAGUUGUUUGACUGCGAAAGAGAAAACAACAUUGAAAUGCAUAAUGAAGUUAUGGAUGAGAUGAGUCUGCUUCGAGAUCAGUUGGUUGAAGUUCAAGGUAACAUGAGCCGAGCCGACGCUGAAAUGUUAGAACAUGCUGAUACUUUUGCAAGAAGGAUUCAAGAAGAAGAAAAUUCAAAGGCUGCUACCGAGAAAGAGAAGAAUCUUAUCACUCAAGGUGAGGACAAUAGUGGAAGAAGAGGUGGUGGUGCCUUAAAAAGCACCAGGUCCAAGAGAAAGCCAAUUAGUGAUGAUAGUGACAGACCAAUUAAAAGAGGCGGAGGUCGCAACGGUGAUCGCGGUGGUAGAAGCACUAGAGGCGAUCGUGGUGGUAGAAGCAUAGGAGGUGAUCGUGGUGGCCGAAGUGGUGGAACUGGUCGUGGUGGCCGUUCUCUUCCUCUUUUUCACAACCUGCUGAUCGGUGAAGAACUUAGCUAUGAAGGAUCUCGCUUCCCAAUCGACCCACUCAUAAAAAGGGAAGAACAAUAA